AUCAUCAGGCACUGACGCAUAUAGUAUAUUGCAGCAAGCAAGCAAGAGCUACAACAUCUUAGUGAUUGAUCUCCAGGAGAUUAAUUGAUGGCGAGCAAUAAUAACAAGCAAGGAGGAGGAGGAGGCGACAAGGUGGCAUCAGCAGCUGCUCCCAAUGAAGAGAUUGACCCCAAAUACGAGUGGGUCGAGAAUGCCAACAACUUCCUCCUCCGUCUCACCCUCACAGGGUUCAAGAAGGAAGAUUUCAGGGUGCAAGUAGACGGCAAGGGCAAGCUCACCGUCCGCGGCCAGCGCCCCGCCGGCGCCGGCAACAAGCACGUCCGCUUCCACAAGGUCUUCCAGCUGCCCUCCAAUGCCAGCGUCGACGACAUCACCGGCCGCUUCGAGGCCAACGUGCUCACCAUCACCGUCCCCAAGCGCCCCGCCGCCGCGUCUCCCUCCUCCGUACAGGAGAUCAAGCAGCGCGCCAAGCAGGACGACGAAGACGAGGAAGCCAGGAAGAAGAAGGAGGACGAAGCCAACAAGAAGAAGAAGAAGCUGGAGGAGGACGUCGAAGCCAACAAGAAGAAGAAGAAGAAGCUGCAGGAGGAGGAAGCCAACAAGAAGAAGAAACUAGAGGAGGAGGAAGAGGCGAGCAAGAAGAAGAAGCAGCAGCAGCAGCUGGAGGAGGAAGAUGCCAUGGCCAAGCGAGGCAAACAAGCUGAUGAGCAACAAGUGCACAAGUCUGCAACCGAGAGGAAGGAACAACAGGUCAAUGCUGCACCGGGGCUCAGCAUCGAUCGUGACAACAUGGCGGAGAGGGUGAAGCGGCGCGCCGAGGAAGAGAGAGCUAAGGCUGCUGCGGCGGCGGAGAAGACGACGACGGGGUUUAGCGGGUGGAGAGAGCGCGUGGCCGGGGAGCUGGAGCACCUGGGCGACAUGAGGUGGGCGGAGGGCGUGGUGCAGACGGCGAGGAGGAACAAGGAGGUGAUCGCCACCGCCGUCGCCGCCUUCUCCAUCGGCUUCUUCAUCUCCCAGAAGCUCUGCUGCAGGAGGUGAUCGAUCCACAUCCACCCGUCUCAUUCUCAUCGAUCACCAGCUCGCCCGCCGUUGCAUCCAUAUCUAUUCGUGCAUGACAACGUACAGCAAAUACACGAAUGUAAAGCGACAAAGUCUGUAAAUUUGGAAGGCAUUAAUAUAGACCGUCCCUCCAUAUUUUAAUAGAUAAGAUCUCCGUAUUUUAACUGAUAAGGUUGUUAAUUUUAUUUCACAUGUUUGGUAAUUCGUAUUAUUUAAA